AUGGCACCACCAGAGGCACGUAUCAUUGCGUCUGAGCACCCCGACAAAGUUCGUAUGCUCGUACUAGAGACGGAUGAUCCGCAUCCUGAUACUCAGGAAGAAAAAGGGUCGUUUGGUGAAGUGUUGAACGAUCUAUUGGUAGAAGCAGGGGAGCAGCAUGACCCAAAACUUGCUAUUGAGACAAUCAUACACUACGCAGUCGAGCCACGAGGCGGGAGGAUACCGGAGCCUCCGGAAAUCACCGAUGACAUCCAUGCCAUUCUGAUCACAGGAAGUGUAUAUGAUGCUCAUAGCGAUGAGGCGUGGGUGUUGAAGCUUCUUAAUCUGAUCAAGCACCUGUGGGUACAUCGACCGGACAUUAAGUUUACUGGAAUCUGUUUUGGCCAUCAAAUACUAUGCCGCGCCCUAGGAUCCACAGUCGAACCGGAAGAAAAUGGCAAAUGGGAACUUGCGCAUACUCACAUUGAACUCAGCGACGUCGGACGCUGGCUGUUCAGACUUGACUCAUCAGAAAAGCACAUCCAUUUGCAUCAGAUGCAUAUCGAUCUGGUGGUGGAUCCACCAUCAGCUUCCAAAACCGAUCUGCUAGAUCCGAGCACCGAAGUGCACGUCUGGGGCACAUCGGAUCACACUGGCGUGCAAGGAGUAUAUAUUCCCACGAGGCUGUUCACCACCCAAGGCCAUAUGGAAUUCGAUGACAAGAUGGUCAAAAGACAGCUCGAGAUGCGGGUGCAGAGCGGCGCGGUGGAGAGCAACGUUGCUGAAAAAGCAGCAGAGAGGGCGGAAUGGCAGCACGACGGGCUUCUAGUGGCGAAGGCGGUUCUGAGGUUCUUCCAUGGAGACGACGAUAAAGCGCCGUGA